ACAGCGGUGUGGUGGAGGUGGUUUUUCUAAAGUGCUGCUGCUCUGCUGACAGCUCGAUGAUAGCGCUGUGGAGGUUUGGCUGAGGAGCUGUGCACAGCAUGGGCACCGGGGAUUACAUCUGCGUAACGCUGCGUGGUGGUGCGCCUUGGGGAUUCACCCUGAGAGAGGGAGAGGGGGACACCUACAGACCUUUUCUGGUUUCCCAGGUAGAAGUGGGUGGCCGUGCCUUCGUGGCUGGAGUGCAAGAAGGCGAUGAGGUCGUGUCACUUAACGGGGAGCCAUGUGCUGAUCUCACCCUCUUACGAGCCUGUGCGAUCAUCGACACAUCCAUCGACUGCCUGCAGUUACUCGUCAAAAGAUACUGCUCCAGCCCCCCUGGAGAUAUUGAGUCAGAAGAGACAUACUAUGGUGAGAGGGAUUCUUCUGCUCAGGCUUUAGAGAGCACCACCCUCCACAUCAUCUCCCCAAAGCACAGAUCCCAAAGCCCUAGGGAACUCUACAUAUCUGAGUCCCAGGAUGAGGCAUACUACAACAAGGGACCCCAGCUGCUUUGCACCCAGCUACAUGCUCCCUCUUCUGGUGACCAGAGAGGCCCGGCGCCUGCUUUUCAGGGAAAUGAUAAUGAGGUGCCAAGGUGUUUCUCCCCUGGUGACAUGGUUGAACUCCAGGUAUCCUUCUCUGAGCAAACCUUGGACAACAUCGGCUGUACCUCUCUUGGGAGUGCUCAUGGGAUUGAGGGAGAAUUCUCAAAAAGAGAAGAGAUAGAGACACUCCAUACCACCACCGCAUCUCACUAUGUGCCGUGCUCUGUCAGAGAGCCACUCAGCCAGCAUGGAGUGGUGCUCAGCUCCCCUUCAAUGCUCAGGCAGGUGGAGGUCAUUUUGCAGCAGCCAGCAGCAUCAAGAGCAGGGAGGGGCAUCCUGAGUGUGGGUGGCCCCAGGAUCAGUGGAAGUGUUGGAUCCCAAAGCGAAGGAGAAGAAGUAGGAGGGCACAGUGAGGGAGCUCCUGGGUCUUUCAGCGUCUCAUUUGGAAUUCCCUCAGAAGAGGAAACACCAGCGGAGGAGCAGAGCUCUGAAUCUGAGGGGGAUCCAGACAAACCCAACAAACACCGGGCAAAGCACGCCAGGCUCAGACGUAGCGAGAGUCUGUCUGAGAAGCAGGUGAAGGAGGCCAAGUCCAAAUGUAAACGUAUUGCUCUCCUUCUCACUGCUGCUCCGCCCAACCCCAACAACAAGGGGGUGUUGAUGUUCAAGAAGCAUCGGCAGAGGGCCAAGAAAUACACACUUGUCAGCUACGGCACAGGAGAGGACGAACCAGAGUACAGUGACGAAGAGGACGAGGAGAACGAAGACGACACACAAGGAACCCAUGCUGUUGAAUUUACCCUUGUGGCUCCAAACGACUCUGAAUUAGAUAAGCAUUUCCUCACUAAUGCCCAUAGUAGCAAAGGUGUGCUAACUAUCAACUGGGACAAGGGUCUCCUUGAGAUUGAGAGGAACCUGAACAACAAAGCAGAGAUGGAAUGUUUACCUGAAACCAAAGGAAAGGGUGCCCUAAUGUUUGCUCAACGGCGCCAGAAGGUGGAUGAGAUUUCUGCUGAACAUGAAGAGCUUAGACGCCAGGGGAUUCCUGUGGAGGGAAUUCAGGAAGCUGAAAAGAAGAAAGUUGAGCACUCAUACAUGCAGUCCACAACAGAGGAUCAUGCAUACAUGGAUGUGAAUAUAAACCAACAAAGCCAACACCAACAACAGUACCAGCAAUAUCAAGAACAGCAGUACUAUGAGCAACAACAGCAAUACCAACAGCAACAGCAAUACCAACAACAGUAUCAGCAGCAGCAAUAUGAACAACAGCAUUAUCAACAACAGCAAAUGUAUCAACAACCACAUGAAUAUCAUCAAGAGCAACAGCAAAUUCAGCCCUAUUCUGCAAACAUCAAUGGUACAGUCCACCAUCAAGCCAAUGAAUUGCAGAGUUCUUUCAGCAAUCGUACCGCAAAGCCUUUUUCGGUACAAAAUAUGGCGGUUACCCCUUAUUCUCCCGCAAUAAGUGGGACCAAUCAAGAUUCUAUGGGCCAAGGAGAGCAGAUAGCUUCCCGCGAUGAGCGCAUUUCUACCCCUGCAAUUAAGACUAGCUUUUUGCUGGAUGCAAGGAGAAGAAAUGCUGGCAAACCUAUGUUCACAUUUAAGGAAGCACCAAAAAUAUCACCUAACCCAGAGUUGCUGAACCUCCUCAACAGGAGUGAUAAGAAGUUGGGUUUUGAGUCAGGACCUGAGGAAGACUAUCUCAGCCUUGGGGCUGAGGCUUGUAAUUUCCUCCAGUCCCAACGUGUUAAACACAAGACUCCUCCACCAGUGGCUCCAAAGCCUGUGAUCAAUCCCAACUCUCCUCCUUGGUCCCCACAGGGAGAAGUGACCAACCAGGACAUGCCUCAGUGUGCUGAAAAUAGUGUAUCCACACCUGCUGUUGUAGCCCCCACCGCAGAGACUACCCCUGCUCCAGAACUAGAGCCAACCCCUGCACCUGCCACUGAGUCCUCUUCUGCUCCUGCCCUGCAGGAGGCUCCUGCCAGCACCACCACAGAGGAACAGCACACAUGGACUCUCCCGGAGCCUGAAUCCCAACAACAGCAAGUGACAGCUCAGGAGGAAAAUGGUCACAUAAAUUCGACCCAACAGCCUGAGACUGCCCCAGUGAAUUCCUGGGCCUCAGCACAAACACAAGCACAACAACAGCCAUCCACCAUUUCUUGGCAUCCAGCUCAAGUGCAGCCCCAGGAGCCACAUCCAAGUCAGUCCCCACCACAGCCACCAAAGGUUACACAUCAACCUGCUCAGACCCAAGUGCAGCCUCAGCCCCCAACAAAUACUUGGACACCUCAAAUUCAGCCAUCCUGGAAUCAGCCUCAAGAGCAAGCACAAGCCCAGACACAUGCUCAACCACCCUGGGCCCAGCCACGUGAGCAAUCACAGUCUCAGCCACAGGUUCAGCCACCCUGGACACACUCUCAUGAGCACCCACACCUGCAGCAAAUGCAACCAACGUGGGGUCAACCUCAACAACCAAUGGAGCAGCAACCCCAGGCCUCAUGGACACAGCCAUCACAAGCAGACACUCAGCAUCAACCACCAUGGGUGCAACAACCACAGCAAAAAUCUCAAGUACAACCUCCUUGGGUUCAACAGGUUCAGCCAGAAACCCAACCACAACCACCAUGGGUUCAGCCAUCACAGCAUCAGGCUCCACAGCAGGGAUGGCCACAGGCCCAUGCACCAGGUCAGGCUCAACCGCCAUGGGUCUCAGCUCAGACUCAGCCUCAGCCUCAGCCUCAGCAUCAGCCUCAGCCUCAGCAUCAGCCACAGCCACAGCCACAGCCUCAGCCUCAGCCUCAGCCUCAGCAGCAACAGCAACCUUCAAUUAAUGCAUGGCCUUCAUCACAAACUCAAGUUCAACCUCAGCCUCCUUGGAUGCAAGCAGCCCAAGCACAACCUCCACCGCACCCUGCAGCCAAUUUGAAUCCAUGGGCACCAGUACCUGCCCAGGUUCAGUCUCAACCAUCAUGGGCCCAGCAUCCUCCAGAACAUGGGCAGCAACCCAUGAAUUCCUGGGGACCAGAGCAAAAUCAGGCCCAACAUCAACCACCUUGGGCUCAAUCCGUUCCUCCCCAGCCCACACCACAGGCAAACUGGCAACAGCCUAUUUCAAAGACUCCACCACAGUCACCAAUGACUGCAUGGCCUCCAGGUCAAACACAACCUCAGACACCUGUGAGUGCCUGGGCACCACAGUCACAGCAAACACCUGGGAAUAUUGCAACAUCAAUGGUGAACACUCAACCCUCCCCAAAACCUUGGCAUCCACCUCAAAAUGCCCCACAAAACCAGAGCCCACCACCUCCACCACAGCGAACCAACUCUUAUACAAUUGGUCAAAGAGAUUCAUCACCUAUCAACCCCAUGGCCACUGUCUUUAACACAUCAUCCUCUGGUUCAGCUUUUGAGAUGCCAGCCGUCAGAGGGAAAGGAGCAGAUAUGUUUGCCAAGAGGCAGUCUCGUAUGGAGAAGUUUGUUGUGGACUCUGAGACUGUGGAAGCAAACAAGGCAAGCCGAUCAACAUCGCCAGCUGCUUCCUUACCGAAUGAGUGGAAAUAUACUCCCAAUGCACUUGGCAGGAACUACUCCCUUUCCCCACCAGCCAGAGUGCCAUCCACAGGCCAGCAGUCAGCUUCGGCUUAUUCUACCCUCAAGCCUCCGGCUCGGGCUUCCACAACUCCCCCAGCAAGGCAGACAUCCUGGCUGGAGAAGGGCCACAAGCCUGUUACACCCUGGGAGGCUGCCUCCAGGCAUCCCUUGGGCCUGGUGGAUGAAGCCUUUGCUUUCCAGAACCUCCAGCAAACCCUUGCCUCAAACGUCCGCUUGGCAGCCCAGCGCAAAAUACUUCCCGAACCGCCAGCAGAGUGGAAGGCCAAGGUGUCCUACCAAGCUCCGCAGAAAACAGGCAGCCAGACUUGGAGCCAGAGCCAAAGCCGCAGUCAGAGUCGAGUAUCGCUGCCAUCAUUUUUGUCCCCAACAAGGAGUGCUGUCUCCACCCCUGCUGGUCAUGCUGGUUACAGGUCCCUGCCCAGACAGUGGCAGCCUCAUAGGUCUGUGACAGAGGCAAACCUAGGGCCCUCAGUGUCCUCCUAUGAGUAUAAGAGGCCCUUGGGGAAGCAAACCUACAAGUCUGUGUACACCAGCAAUACAACUUGGAGCUGGAAGCGGUAGGAUACCUGUGUGACCUUCAAUGAAUAAUAUCCCACUGCUCAUUGAUUCCAUAACACAUUUAACUGCAGUUAGAGCUUUUUCUGUUUUAUUGAUAAAUAUCUAGAUGCAAACAUUGUGUGAGGAAUGAGGAGAGCUAAUAUUUAAAGCAAAUUUUUUCAGAGGUGGGUGUUUGGAGAGAUUGCAAGACUGCUUUAAUAAGCUCCUUUUAUUUUUAGAAAUGCUUUCUAAAAUGUUGCUCUUAGUAUAAAAUGAUUUACUGUACCAAAGUUUGGACACACUUUCUCAUUCAAAGGAAUGGGAAGGUGUGUCCAAACGUUUGACUGGUACUGUAGUUGGAAUCAUAAAUUUGGCAUGCCAUAAUGAAAUGUGAAAAGAGAUAAUUAAUAUUAAUGAUUACUAUCCACAUACUGUUACAAGUAACAGUGUAUGGAGACUUCAAUUUUAUUUCAGUGACUUCAUAGUUUGGUAAAUACAUUGACUUGGGCUUGUAGUUCAGAUUCAGAGCAUGUUGUUAAGAGUGGAUAUGAUGAGUGUGCAAUGAAUGGACAUGUUUAGUACAAGGAAAGAUUUGAGUGAUAAUAUAGAGACAUUAGUGUAGUUAGUUUAAUUUAGUUAACUUUUCGGAAUAUACAAAAUGGGUAAUUAUGGUUUUCUGAGAAAAGAGAUUUGUAUAAAGACAUAAUUUGAGGUUGCUGAGAGGCAACCGUGACCCACCCAUCAUACAGUAAGUUGCAAGAGAAGAUUGUCUUUUGAAUUGUAUUGAGUUUGUGGAUUUUUCGUCUCAUCCCAGUUUGAUUGUCUGCUGUGGGUAUUUAGCAUGCUGGUUCUUGCAGUGAUUGUGCACUUUUUUUUUUUUUUCAAAUCCGUGAAACUUGAGGAUGGCUGCAUUUUCCAAAGAAAUAUGUAUUUGUUGUGUUUUCAUAUCAGGAAAUCACUUCAGUGUGGGAAUGCAAUUAGUGAUGCAUCGGAAGUGAGGCUUCAGACUUGGGGAAAGGCUAGUGUUAUUAUAACUCAGUUUGUUGUGGGUGGACAUGUUGUUAUGCAAGCUCUAAUAAGUGAGAUUAAUUCAUUAAUUUACCAGGUGCAUUUUAAUUAGUGCAUUAGUGUGUGUCCACUAACUAUGCAGAGAGAGAGAGGGAAGAUGGGAAGAUGAGAAACAGUAGCAUCUUUUCUACAGUUAGACCUUUUCCUCCUUUACUGUAACUGUUUAAUUGCUGCCUGCUGUACAGUAUAUGAAAAAGUGAGACACCCUAUGUAGAGGGAGAAUGUAGUUUUGCUGUUUGUUGGGUGUCUUUGCUGAGUCAAAGUUAAUUUGGGGAAUGCUGAAGAAUCCUAAUUAUGAACAUGCAAAAUAUUGUUUUAGUUUAUGAUAGCAUGAUGGCACUAGGAAAGUUGCUUAUAGAAUGAAUGGGCUUGUGUUUGGUUUGGGCUUUUGCUAUAGAUUGCUGAUUCGUUAUCAUCUCCAAAGAUUAAAGCUAGUUUGGUGUUUUCACAGAGUGUACAUAAAGUCCUAAUGUGAUUCUCACCAAGCAAUCUCAUUAACGUAAAUAAGAUGUAUCACACAGCAUUAUGUUGUGUCUCAAUUGAAUCACUGAGCAUACUGACGUGCUACUGUAUAUUGUAUGUGUGAUAAUGCCACUGUAUUGCUUCCAUUCGAAUGAUACUUAUUAUGGUCAUAAUACAGUACCAGUAAUCAAUUUCUUUUCCAAACUAUUUCAGAUAUGGAUUCACAUAAAGCAUUUUACAAAAUAAAUACAACCAAAUAGCACUAUUUCACAAA